CAAUGCAAUUUAAUAAUAAUUUAUUUCCGGAUGUUUCAAUUGAUAAAGCUUCAAAAAUUAAUUUUAUGCUUGUUGGUGUUUCAAUUGCUGGGACUUGGUUUGUUAUUUAUCUUCAUGAAUUGAUUACUCGUUCUCCGAAGCCGUUGAUUAAAAGAUUCAAAGCUUCUUGUUUCUCAAUUUUACGCAAAUUUGUUCCAAGCAUUAACAAACAAAUUGAAGAAGCUUUAAAUAAAACAAAAGAAGAACUUAUACAUUCAAUUCAUCAAUAUGAUAAAGGUUUAGAUUUUAUUAAAGAAAUGCCUUUAAAAGCAAUAAAUCAUGAAUCUAUACUUAAACGAAUUGAAUAUUAUCAAGAAAUGGAAGGAACUUUUGAUUAUAUUAAGGGAAGAGUUUCUGGAACAGUUUACACAAAUAUUAAUCCAGGACAUAUGGCAAUACUUGGAGAAGUUUUUCACAAAUUUGCUUAUUCAAAUCCUUUACAUCCAGAUGUCUUCCCUGCGGUUCGCAAAAUGGAAGCAGAAAUUAUUAAAAUUGUUUCGUCAUUGUUUCAUGGUCCUGAAGAUGCUGUUGGAACGGUUUUUAUUUUAAAAAUAUUUUUGGGUCUUUUAAGGCAGUUUCGGGUCUUUAAGUUGUUUUGUCAAUUUUUUUGGCCUUUUUUAAGUGCAGACUUUAUAAUUGUAACGACUGGUGGAACUGAAUCAAUUAUCUUGGCUUGUUUGGCUGCCAGAAAUUUUGCUUUUUCAAAAGGAAUUGGUGAUCCAAUAAUUAUAGUUCCUGUAACAGCUCAUGCAGCUUUUGACAAAGCUUGUUCUCUACUGCAAAUUGGAAUAAAACACAUUCCUUGUGAUCCAAUUACUAUGCGGGUUGAUUUAAAAGCGAUGAAACGUGCAAUAAAUAGAAAAACUUGUUUGUUGGUUGGAUCUGCUCCAAAUUUUCCUUAUGGCACUAUAGAUGAUAUUCCUUCAAUUGCUCAAUUUGGUUUGGACUAUUCUAUACCUGUACAUGUUGAUGCUUGUCUUGGUGGUUUUGUAAUUGCAUUCUCACAAGAUUCUCCAGCUUUGUCACACAUUCCAAUUUUUGAUUUUCGUCUUCCUGGAGUUACUUCAAUUUCUUGUGACACACAUAAGUAUGGCUAUGCACCUAAAGGAACUUCAACAAUAAUAUAUCGUUCAACAGAGCUUUUGCAUCAUCAAUACUUUGCUGUAACUGAAUGGCCUGGUGGAAUUUAUGCAACUCCUACUUUGCCUGGAAGUCGUGCUGGAUUAAAUAUUGCAUUAACUUGGUCAACCUUAUUAUAUUUUGGACGUCAAGGUUAUAUUGAAAGGGCAAAUUUAAUUGCAACGAGAACUGCACAAUUAGCAGAUGGUUUAUAUAAGAUUCCUGGAUUAUUUAUUGUUGGAAAACCAGACGUUUCUGUAGUAGCAUUUUCUUCUAAAAAUUUCAACAUUUUUGCUGUUGGGGACUUUCUACAUAAACUUGGUUGGAAUCUAAAUUCAUUACAUUUACCUGAUGCUAUUCAUUUUUGUCUGACAUAUAAUCAAGCUAAAGGAGACGUCAUUAUUAAAUUUUUAAAUGAGUUGCGUGAAUGUUGUAAACAAGUUUGUCAACUUCCGGAUAAAGGAAAGAAAUCAAAAACGGCAGCACUUUAUGGAAUGGCUGCACAACUACCUGAUAAAUCAAUUAUUGAAGAUGUUGCUCAUUUAUAUCUGGAUGCUUGUUAUUCAAUGCCUACUAAAGCUUAG